ACAACCCGGAAAUUAUUAUUACAGAGAAUGGUAUUAGUGACCGGGCUGGAAACGUAGACGACAUGAUCCGAGUUUACUAUUACAAGCACAACAUAAAUUCUAUGCUCAAAGCCAUCAAAAAUGGAGUUCGAGUCACUGGUUAUGCUGCUUGGUCGUUAAUUGAUAACUUUGAAUGGGGAAACGGAUUUACGCAAAAGUUUGGACUAUUUUCCAUAGACUUUGCAACGACAGAUUUGAACAGAACGGAGAAAGCCUCGGCACGUUACUAUGCCAAAAUUGUCAAAGACAAUGGAUUCACGAUGGAUCAACCAUGUAACAACAAUCCUAUAUAGUUGUAAGAUCACUCCUAUUUCUAAUCAAGAUUUUAGUGUAGUUUAAAAGAGAAAGUUUGUUAAAAAGGCUGGGAAUUUAUUUGAUUAGUUUUCGAGACCCGGAAAGACCCGGUGGGUGUUUUAUUGGAAUAUUAUUGCAGUUUCUAUUGGACCUGUUUUAACUGUU